AUGCGUAGCUCCGCGUCAGCGACUCCGUCGCGCCGCCCGAGGCGGCCCAACGCUGGCGCGUCCGUCUCGCCUUCUCGCACGUCGCUCUCGCGCGGCGCCUCGCCUGCCAAAUCCGCGGCAGUGCUCUGCGAGAGGGGCGGCAGCGUGUCACCGUCCACGAAGAAGAGAGUCCGUCCAGGCAUCGCCGAUGAUGCGGCGACGGUGCACAACGGGAGUGUUUCGGCGUCCCCCAACGCCGGCCACGCUACCGGCAGCACAGCGUCACCGUCCGUAACGGGGGUCUCACUCUCGCACUUCGCGCAGGACGGGAGGCGCCUUGAGCCGAACAUAUGCGAGACGACCUUCAGCUUCUACGGCCAGUACGAGCACAUCACGGUGGCGCAUCGCACGGCAACACUGUGGUGCGCCAACACCGCAACCGGCGCCAUGGACCUCUACAGCUGCGUCACGGGCCAGUUUGUUACCUCGCUUCUCCCACUCCACGAAGAGGUGGUGGCGCGGCGGGCGGAGCUGUCGGAGCUGCCGCUGAAUGUGCCGAGCGCCAAGGGCACCAACGGCAGCGCCAAGGGUGCCACGGGCGGGUUGCUUGGCUCGCACUGGGGCUCCACGGCACUCACCCCUCGCAGUCGUGGACUCGUUCCCACCGGAGGAGGGCGGCGGCUCUCGACGCUAUCAUCCACCAGCGCCACAGCCCAUCACCAUCACACGGCGUCUAACAGCCUCUCGGCAUCCAGCCUUGCCUCCGCGUGGGCGCGCGUGCCUGAGGGCGACCUUCGCGCCACCGCCCUGUGCGCCACCGCCACGCACAUGUGGGUCGGUUAUACCAAUGGCACCAUCGCCGUGUACGACGCGCUUCUUCUCAAGCUCGUCACUUUCGGUCGGCUACACACCGACCGCAUCGUGUCCAUCGUCGCGCUCUUCAACGGCCAGACGGUGUCCGCCUCCACGGACGGCCUCUUGAUCCUGUGGGAUACGGAGCAAGGUGGCUUCGAGGCGGUAACACGGGUGACCGUGCUGCUGGACGCCGUCCGCGAAGGCGCGGGGGCGCUGUGUGCCAUGACCUCCAUUCCACCCGCCACACGCGUGUGUUGCGGGUUCGAGUCGGGUGUCGUCUAUAACGUCCGUGUCGCGAGCCGGCCGCAGGAGCAGACCGCGCCGCAGUCAGUGCGUGGCCACCAUGGGCGAGUGAACGACAUGGCGGUCGUGCGUGAUGUGCUUUUCACUGCCGCGGAGGACAACACCGUGUGCGCGUGGUACUGCGGUGGCGCAGCCGGCGCGCAGCGUCUCGACGGCGGCGACGGGGGCGGGUCCGUGCCGUCGAGCCUCUUCCUGAGGGCGGCCCACGAUGCCAGCCGCGCACGCUUGGGGCCUCACAAGGGUGGCAGCGUAAGGAUGCUGAAACGAAUCCCCGUCAGGCCAUGUGUGCGGUGCCUCCUGGCAGAGGAGCAGACGCGCAGCGUGUGGGUAGCGUACGCGGACGGUCUUGUGGAGCGCUGGAGCGCCAACCCAGAUGACGACUACGGCGUGGAGGAGGUGGUGGAGAACGCGUUGGCAGCAUCGCUGUCGGCCGGCAACGGCGGCGUGCGCGCUCUUCUCUCACUGAGUGUGACGCAGACGAUGCAGUGGCUUGCUUUGUCCAGCAACGGCGUGAACAAGGUCUGGUAUGGGCACAGGAACACCUUAGAGAUCGACCUGGCGCACUCCAUUUCGACGCUGGCGCAGGUGGUGGAGCAGGACACUGUGGACGCUGCGGCGUGGCGGGAGCGGGUGAACCUGCUGAAGCAGAAAGAAUUGGAGCGAAAGGAGAAGUACGUGUGCAUCCUGGAGCAGCUGAGCGAGCAGCGGGUGCUGCUGCGUCACUACGACAUGUGGAAGCGCUCCGUUUUCUUCUUUGGUACGCGGCGUAGGCGAGUCGCGGCGAUCGCCGACACGCUCGAGAAGAAGUCACGCCUGCAGCUGGUUCGACGUUUCUUUAACAAGUGGGGGUCUUUCUACGACGCCCAGCAGCGGCACAUGCGCGUCUACGUGCUCUCCAUGGCGCUCUCCCGCGCCACAGCGCAGCAGCAGCUGCAGGCCUACUUCCUCCGGUGGCAGUCGUACCUCGUCCAUCGCCAGGUGCGUCGGAAUGCGGUGAAAAGUGCGCAGGUGCUCGCGCGCAUGGUGGACGCCGCGAUCAUGGGCUCAUGCUUCCACCGCUGGCGUGCGGCGGCAGCGGCGACCACGCGACGGCAGCGCGGCCGCAUCUCGGCCGAGCAGCUGGCGCUUCUCGCCCACAAGGCGCAGCGACAGGUGCUACAGCGGGUGCUGCGCCAGUGGGUGGCACACCACGACACGCAGAACGAGCUCCCGCGACAGGUGCUCACCGCUGCAGCGGAAGGGGCGCCUCGAGACGGGCUGCCGGUGCCUGAAACUUCAGCGCUGUCUCGUUUUGCUGGGCACUACGCUCGGCUGCAGCAGCAGCGCCGAGGACGCCACGUUUUUCAGGUGUGGCGGCGCUGGACAGCUUGGCGCGCUCGGCAGGCGUCGCUCGCGGCGGUAGCAGCCCUACGUGAGCAGCAGCUUCUCCACGAGGUCCGUCAGCGCUUCUUCUUCCGUUGGUGUCAGCGCGUGCACGCGCGGCGUGUGGACGAAAACACACAGCAGCUGAGGAUGCUCGAGGUGGAGCUGCGCCGCGCUGAGGCCGAGCACGGCGACAUCUUUGAAAAGCUGCAGCUGCAGCGGCAGCUGGACCUCGUCCUCGAGCGGCAGGCGGCGGAGGAGGCACGCUUGGCGCAGGUCAAGGAGCAGCUGGCCUCUGCCGAGCAGACCUGCUCUGACCUGCGUGCGCGUCAGCUGCAGCGAACCGCCGUUGGUAGCAACGGUGCGGCGCACGCCGGCUCGGGCGGCAGCAGCGUAAAGGCCUCAAGUGGAGCGGCAACAGGUGCCUCCGCUGCUGUGGAGCUGGCAGACGCGUCGCGGCGCUCAUCUGUGGCACGAUUUGCUGGCACCGACACGGAUCUCUCGCUGUCGACCACCAGUGAGGGCCUGCCGCUUGCCCAGCAGCAGCAGCAACAGCAAGUGGUGCUGUCCGCCAUGAGCCGCGGCCACAUGGCAUCGAAUGCCGCAUGGUACCGGUCGAUGGUGGACCAGCAGCGCCUGUCGCCCAUUGUGCUGUCGCACAUGUCGACGGAGGAGGCCGUGCAUCACGUCAUGGGCCAGCUGAAGGGCAACGUCGUUAACCUCUACACCGAUCUGGCACUCUUUCGGCAGGUCAAGGAUCGCCGGCGCGCCGGCAUAUCGGCGGUUGGCAUUCUGCUCGAAGCCUUUGGGGAGGUGAAGCUGCUCAUCGUGACUACGGUGCGUGGCACGUCGGCGAACGCAGCAUCGGCGGCGGCGGCGCGCAUGGGCGGCAAGGCGACGCGGUGGCCGCUCAGCAUGGAGGCGCUGGACUGCAUUCCGGCGCACCACUGCGCCACCGUGCUGAGCGCCAUCAAGACACUGGUCGUCGCGUACGAUCUCCUGCAGCCCGAGGACAUGAUCAGUGUGCAGACGACCUGCGAGGAGGUGGUCGUCAACGCCGACUGGAUCUUCCUGAUCGCGCGCGCCUGCUACCUGCGACGGAAGCCCGUGCCGCCUGCGAACAAUCGGCAGCUUAUCUAG